AUGUCCACUAUGGUAGUUGUUCAACAACCAUCAACCAUUCCCGAUACGAGGCUGAUAGUGACUUCCAUUGAAGGCCAUAGGAAGUGGAGUACAGGCCUUUUUGAUUGCUGCUCAGACAUUAAAUCGUGCCUCAUUGGAAACUUCUGCUUUCCGUGUGCCGUUUGCAACUUGGCCUCUAGAACUGGAGAGUGUUGCCUUAUGCCUUUCUGUGUCUCGGGAGGAACCGUUCUAAUGAGAAGUAGGAUCAGAACUAUUGGUGGCAUCCAGGGAUCCGCCUGUAAUGACUGUAUGGUUCUGACUUGUUGUGGUCCGUGUGGAGUGUGUCAGAUGCAGAGAGAACUUGAUAACAUGGGAGUUCCAUAAAGACAGCUACUCCAAAGAUUAUUACCUUUAUGUUCUCUUAUGCUUCUAUGCUUUUUCAAGCCUAACCUGAGUUAAAUCAUCUUUACUGGCUUUGUGAUC